AUGGCUCGGCUCGCCGUGUUUCAGAACAGAGCGAGUGAAAAUUGCCAGCAGGAUGGUUGCCCCAGGCCUCCCCAGACUGUCGGCGAGAAUGCGUUAUACUAUGGGGCCGCAGCACCAUCCUCAACGCAGCAGGAACAUCCCGGCCCUGAAAGUGAAUGCGAGCGGGGUCUGGGAUCCACCCUUGUCGGCGGGGCUGGUGGAGCCUACAUUGGCUACCAGAUGAGUGGUGGCAUGGCAACUGCUGGAGCUGCACUUAUUGGAGCUCUGGGUGCAAAUGCAGUCACCCAAGCCUUCCCGUACCAACCUGAGGGCUAUCAGCAGCUUCUGCCCGGUACCACAAUGACCACGACAACUACAACCACAGACCACAGCGCCGGCUAUUGA